CGAGGAUUGGCCAAAAUUCGGUCGUUUUGGAGGUGCAGCGAUAGCCGCCCAAAUCUACCCGGGAGGAAUACUUUGAGCAGCAUGUCGUCGGGCUUCGGAUUCAAGGGCCGUGAGGGCCGAUGCUACCGGUUCUGGAAGGAUGUGGAGCAGUGCAGCAAGGACACAGAGCAUUCUGGCCAGUGCGGCAAGCAGGUUGAAGACUACCUCGAGUGCCUGCACCACAGGAAGGAGUUGACGCGCAUGAACGUGGUGAUCACUCAGAAGGAGAAGGAGGAGGCUGCUGCUCGCAAUGGCGACGACCACGGACACGGCGGUGGGCAUUGAGUAAGGGACUCAUUACUCGGAGACUAAAGUGCGGCUAACAGGAUUCGACAUCGCCUAAGUAGACGACGACUUUCCCUGACAUCAAAACAAGAGAGAAAAAAGCAGCAUCUCGCCUUCAAUACAGAGAUACCGUAUGGAAAAUGUACAGCUAUCUCAUUUACCACCGCCAAGGCGGUGAUAACCUGCCUGGGCCUAGAAAAAAGAAAUAUCGUCGGCCAUAGUCUCGCCGACGCCCCUGUCAGUCAUAGAAGCCGCUCGAAGUCACGUGCUUAUUUCUUAUCUCACUCUGCUGGCUCAUUGGGUUGGUAUCAAGUUAUCCACUUCAAAAGUAGGGAAAUCAAAUAUUGGGG